CAAAUACAUCAAAUGAGAUCGUGCAUAACGGUUCGGGAAUACUUUCAACGGUUCUGAGAAGACACCUCAAAACUCUAGAUUAGCUGCUGGAAGAAAGCACAGUGAUCAACUUACCAUGGACAUAGAAGAGGCUCUCAUUACUAUCCCAAUCAACCCCAACAAUUUCCCCGCGAAGUUGUGGCGUUUAGUCAACAGUCCCAACAAUCGUUCCAUUCGAUGGGAUGCUUGCGGGGAAGGUGUGAUCAUCGAUCAACAGCUCUUUGAAGCGGAGUUGCUCUCACCUGUUAAACCUGAUGGAGAAGCAUCAGACCUUUUUAAAACAACAAAUUUUACAAGUUUCAUUCGUCAAUUAAACCUCUAUGGAUUCAGAAAGGUGGUGCUCGCGCCAGGUAAUGAGAGACCUGUGGAAAGAGACCUAACGCUAAUGGAAGGAAUUCAACACCACUUCCAUAAUCCAAAUUUUAAAAAGGAUCACCCAGAAUUAUUAGUGAACCUUAAAAGGUUAACAAGCACAAAUAAAGCAAAACUUGAAGCAGGACUGGAAGUAAACUGUCGUCCACCAAGUCGCUUCAGAAGACUCCUGGUAAAUUCUCCCGAGACCGACGACAGAAAUCAAAUUGAAAAGCAAGGUACGAUGUUUGCAGGACCAAUCCAUCGGGGACUGUCUCGGGACAGAGUAGUUUCCCAUCCCUAUCAUCGUGGCCUAAUUCAGCCAAAAGAAUACGACAGGACCCCUAUUCCAUCCCGUGGCUGGAUAAUGGGUCAUGGAGAUGCUUCCUCCCCUACCACAUUUUACACUGAUAAAGGGAUACCCGUUUCUGUAAUACGCCGGUUCAUGACAGAGCCCCCUUGUCCAGUGCAGCCCAACCCUACCACAGUUCAUGUCCAGCAGGGGUCACAGGGUGUUUCAGUCAGUGGGCAAAAGCUGAAUGGCUUCAUACCUCACCAUCCUCAAUAUCGUCCUGGAUUUUAUUCUGCUGUGUGUCAGUGCUGUCCAUCAGGAAACAUGGACAAGGAUAUGAGUUCUUGUGCUCACCAGACUCCAUCCUCAUUUCCCCAUUAUAGCUAUUUUCAGCCAAAUUAUCAAGUGGGUUACCUACAUCCCAAUAACCAGAACCAAGACUGGCAAAACGAAGAGUUACAGGAGACGAAGAAGAACGAUGUUAAUCUUGACACCGUCUUCCAAAUAGUUGAUGAGCUUCAGGCCUCCCCAAAGCUUCACAUGGUGAAAGUGGAGACACCAGAGAAACAUUACCAUCCUGCGGAGUCACAUCCUGAGUGCACAGUCUACAGUGUGUCUGCCCAAACCUCUGCUCAGGGUGAUGCCGGUGACUCAGUCAACAACACUGGCAUGUCCAUUGCCAAGGAUUCCAACACAAUGGCUUCCCAUGGCCCUGUCCCAAUGGGUGGAAUUAUCAUUGCUGUGCCAGGGAAUGUGCCGUCGGGAAUUGCCAUCACUGUGGAAGGUGCUUCAAAUCUGCCAGAGGCUGCCUCAGAAGGAACCACCGAGCAGAGGCCUUCCCUGCCUGAGCCUGUGGAAUCUGCAUCCACUGGUGUCAACCAGGUGAAUGGAAAUGCUGUGCAUCACGUGGAAUCCUCUGACAAAGCAUUAGAGAAUGACGCGGACACCACCAUUAAACUGAGUGACAUUACCCAAGAGGACAGUAACUCCAGGAAGCAGACCAAAUCACCUGAUCUUAACAUGUUAGUGGACGUAGCUUGCGAGAAAGAUCCUUGAUGAUCCCCAGUGCUCUAGUCUCAAUGCUAUUCUUGCUGUCCAAAGUUCUGCACAGUUCUGCAAGUUUUAUGAGUUUUCUGAUGGUUUAAAUUCGAACCCUGUUUUAGAAAACAUGCCUAAUGAGAUAAAUCUGCCAUGAUGACUGAUAUUAAGUUAUUGAACUUUGUUUUGACAUGUACAUAGUUAGGUUAUUUAUUCUUAUUUAUUGGUUUCAGGGGUUGAGUUCAAGGUUUUACAGUUUUAAAGGUGCCAAUGGCUAAUAGUAAUAUAACAAGACAAUCAACAUGUUAAAACAUUGUGAAAUAUGUUUAACAUAAAUGUGCUUAUAUUCAUUUUUAACACAACCUCAGUAUUUUUUAUCUUUAAUAAAUUCAAAUAUGAAUAUUCAUUUUUACUUUAAAUUAAUAUUCUGUUUUAAUCAACAUGCUCUUAUCUGACAUAAACACAGGCCUAAUUAUUUGUAAUCA